AUGUCGGUGCUCUCGCGCCUCCUCGUCCUCGUCGGGCUGUUGUCUCUAUUCCAUGCCGCAUAUUCCGCCCACGAGUUCUCCGUCCUGUCGACCAAAUAUCACAAGAAUGCCCCUCUGCCACUCGACAUCAAGCUGGAGACGCUCGUAUCGGUAUUCCUGGCAUGCUUAGGUCUGGUCUGGGGCUCGGAACCAUUAAAACCCGUCGGCUGGAACGAAUGGGCGGGGGAACUUGAAAGAGACGGCGGAGCGAACCCAUUUAAAAGUCUGGAGGAGCGCGUCAACUUUGUGGACAUCAGGGCGCAGCGGAGAGAGUUUGCGACUUGGGCCAGGCAGCAGGGACCGGCGUCGACGAGGUAG